CUCAUUCUAUCAUCACUUAUCUUAAACUGCAAUCAAAGCAUGUGGCUAAAUUAUAGUAAAAAUGGGCUCACCUAGAAAGAUUAAGACGGAACAGAAAGAAUCAGGAGUCCCCCACCCUGGCCCAAAAUUAAAUAACUAAAGACCUGGCAGGAAGGGCCAACUUUCCUUAAAACCAAAAAUCGAAUCAUAAAAAUAUUUCUUCCCGAAGAGAUCUACAUUCCAAUUAGACAAUACCAGAUAAGGCAAACACAGGAAACCCCAGCUCAGCAGGGUGCCUGACCUUAGACCCCGCCCCAGUCAACUGCUCUCCAGUCAAUUUCACUGGCGGCCUCUCCCCUGGAAUCCGGGCUAAGGACCUUUUCUAAGAAAUCCUAGGGGGCGGGUUUCCCUUCGCCCCUUUUAAGGAUCUUCCCUCUGAAAGGGGAUUCCUGGGAAGCCCCCAUGCGGCUGCCCCGACAGCUGAUCGUCUUCUGUAUUUGGCUCCCGGAAAUAAAAUCCUCUCUCUCCUUCAAGCAGCCGCCUGCGUGUUUAUUCCCGGCUCGGAGACGAACCUCGUAACUUAGCUGUGACAAUAUAUCCAGCAAGAAUGGCCAGUGGAACAAUAGUUUUCAUCCCCUCUAAUGGAGCUAACUUAAUCCAAACAGCCCAGGGGUUUCCCAGUGCUGUUCAGUCAUCUGGAGCAAUACCAUAUCUACCGUAUGGAGGUCAGCAAGUUGGAAUUUCCUACACUGCUCCUCAACAAGUCCCCCAAAGGGGUGCUUUGGAGAAAUUCCUCAAUGUAGAGGCCAGAGUCCUUGGGGCUGUCCAAAUCAUGAUUGGGUUGAUCCACAUUGGCUUUGGGGCUGUCUCACUUUGUCUUGCUCCUUCUGGCUACUUUACCUUGUCUGCAGCUGGAGGUUACCCCUUUUGGGGAGGGAUAUUUGUGAAAUGUAGUGUAGGAAUGAACAUCACAAGUGCUAUAGCAUCAUUAAUUGGCAUCCUGCUGUGUAUAUCAGAGCUGACCGCUAAUGGUAUUUUUUCUCAAUAUGACCAUCCAUAUUGGACUGACUGGGCAAAAAAUGUCGGUAUUGGCCUCUCCAGCAUGCUGCUCUUGUUCAGCUUGCUGGAAUUUUGUAUCACUGUUUCACUUACACAUUUUGGGUGCCAGGCAAAUUGCUGUGCUGAUGACCAACCAACCGUGGUUUUUGUGCCUUACCACAUCAACGGAGAUGCAGCAGUCGCUGUUGAACCCGAUCCUCCUCCUCCACCAUCCUAUGAUAAUGUGGUUACCAAGCCACAGUAAAAAAAUACACCAGGAAGGAAUUGUGAGAAGUGUUGCAUCAGAGGUCUCAGGAGGAGCAAUGCAUUUCAUGUUCUUUUAUUUAGUUCUCCAGCUUCAAUUACCUUUAAGCACCAAGUGGUGGAAAGUUUUUAUAGUGCUGCUUUUUACCUGAGAGUUACAGUGCUUCUCUGGAAGCAAGAAUUUGUGCUCUACAUCAUCAGCAUUGUUUUGAGGAAGUACACUCUCUACAGUGGAUGAUGUGAGCAGUUUAUUAGUCCUUUGUUUAUAUUGUGGAUGGAGAAUAUUGCAUUAAGUAGGAGGUCUGACGCUACAGGAAAAACAGCAAAAUUAAAACACAAAUUAGUAAAAUGUGUCAUUGGCACAAUAGUAGCAAUUACAUAGUCACUCUGAUCCCAAAACAGAUUAGUAGAAGUUUGCAUAUAACUAAAGUCAACUCUACAGAUUUUAUGAUACUGUUAUUUCCUAUAUAUGUACAAUAAAACUGAAUUAGUAAUCUA